AUUUAUAACAAAAAAAUCAUUUACAAUAAUUAAUUUUUAAAAAAUGUUAAAUAAUCAUUACAUUUUAUUGUUUGUUGUGCUUAAUUGUAUUUACUCAUUAAAUACAACUACAAUUAACAAUAAUCAAUCAAUUGAUUUAUCGGACAAUGGUUUUAUCUAUAUGUGCGGGGGAUGGGAUCUGUGGGAUACCGUUUUUCCCAAUUGUUAUAAAUAUAAUCAACAGUCAAGUGUUUGGCAAUCCAUACAAUCCAUGUCCAUUGGUAGAGAUGUGUUUAGUUUGGUUUCAAUGGACUCAAAAUUCUAUGCAAUCGGAGGGUAUAAUAAUAAAGGAUAUUCUUUCAAAAGCGUUGAAUCAUAUGAUACGCAAACAAAUCAAUGGAAAUCGAUAGCAUCUAUGAAUGAAAAGCGCAGUCACCAUGAUGCAACUGUAUUGAAUAAUACAAUAUAUGUAUGCGGCGGCUAUUCUGAUUGGAAUAUGUUAAAAUCAUGUGAAUAUUAUUUACCAAAUAUUGAUAAAUGGUCUUUUACGACACCAUUGAAUAAGGUUAGGUCUAGUAUGGCACUGGUAGCAAACAAUGGGUUUAUAUAUGCUAUCGGAGGCUAUGAUGAAAAUCUAGCUUCAAAUAUAAUGGAAAGAUUGGAUACAACUACACAACAAUGGCAACCAAUGGCUAAUAUGAGUUAUACUAGACAUGCAUUUGGUUCAGCAUCAUUUAUGAAUAAAAUAUAUGUUUGCGGCGGUUCGGGUAAUAGUGAUCGGAAAUCAUGUGAAACAUAUGACCCGAAAACAAAUCAAUGGACACAAAUUGCAUCAAUGCUUAUAGGAAGAUCUGGAUUUAAAUUGAUUGCAUUUAAUGAUAAAUUAUAUGCAUUGGGUGGACAUACAAAAGACUAUUUGCUAAUAGAAACGGUUGAAAUAUAUGAUUAUAAAUCAAAUCAAUGGUCGUAUACUAAAUCAUUUCCAACAAAAGCUACAGGUUUUGGGGCAACAGUUAUAACAAAAUUAUGAAACAACAAGUUAAAUUGCAC